AUGGAAAAAUAUUUAUUCAAGUAUUUUACCAAAGGUUUUGAUUGUUCAAAGGUUGGUCUCCAACGUAAAAGAGCAUCCGGUGAAUCAUCUACCUGUACCAAAGGUGUUAAUGAGAUCCAAGAUUACCUAGAGUGCAGAUGUAUAGCUCCCAAUGAUGCAGCUUGGCGCUUGCUCCAGUUUGAAAUUCACCACACUAACCCUUCUGUUGAGCGUCUUCCUGUCCAUCUACCACUCGGAAACAGUGUAGUAUACAAUGAGGAUGACAGCCUAGAACAAGUAUUGCAGAACCCAUGGAAUCAAAUUACAAAGCUCACUGCCUGGUUUGAAGCUAACAAGACCUAUCCUGAGGCUGUGUGCUACACAUAUGCAGAGUUCCCAGAGCACUUCACUUGGCAUGCUGAUGGAAAGUAUUGGGAUUAUCGACGUGGUACUGUGAAGGUGGCAAGGUCGUACUCAGAGAUCAGAACAAUUGAAGGCCAACAGUAUCCAACAUUCCAGGCUGCUUGCCAGGCUCCUGGUCUCCUAGGUGAUGAUCAUCCAUUGGCUUUAUUUGAAGAACAUUUUUCUAGAAUGGGUGAGGACUACAUGCAUCGCAUUGGGCAUAGUAUGACAUACCAUUCUACACCUUUUACACAACAUGUUAGAUCAUUUGUUCUUGCUGAAAUUGACAAGUUGCUUAGAAAUUCUGGAUAUAGCUUACCACACUUUAACUUGCCUGAGCCCAUUCUUACCAGUGCAUGUGCAGUUGGCAAUAGACUUUUAACAGAUGAACAAGCUUAUGAUAUUGAUAGGAUAUCAGUAGAAGCAGCUGAACAACUCAAUCAAUUGAAUCUGAAUCAAAAACAUGUUUAUGAUGUUGUCCUUCAAUCAGUCAACAAUUGCAUUGGUCACACAUUCUUUGUGCAUGGCUAUGGUGGUACCGGGAAGACAUUUCUUUGGAAUGCUUUGCUUAAUGCUGUUAGAGCUCAAGGAAAAAUUGCUUUGGCUGUUGCAUCAUCUAGCAUUGCUGCACUUCUUCUGCCAGGAUACUUGCUUUUGCCACCUGAAUCAAGAAAUAUUUCAUCACUGGUAUCUUUUGUGUACAAUGAAUCAAGCAUUUCAGAUAUGGUUGCUUAUUUCUGUGAGCGAGCAAUCCUUGCCCCAACUAAUGACAUAGCUGCAGAAAUCAACUCCCACAUGAUAUCUCAGUUGCCAACAGAACAAAUGUCAUAUUAUAGCUCAGACAUCAUAGAUGAUAGCACAGCUAAUCGUGCUACACUUGAGGCCUUUUAUCCAGUGGAGUUCCUCAACACAAUAUAA